CCAAGUUGCCGAAACUGUUACCGCUGUUAGGCGUUCUUGAUUCUUGAGUGUAGAAAAGUUACUCUCUGCACGUCUGCAGUGUUGACGGAUUUGAUCGUUAGAUGGUUUUGACAGCCUUGAUUUCGGUGUGGAACUUAACAUGUGCAGCACUUUUGAAGUCUCAUAUCGCUCACCUACUGAUAUAUUUGAAUUUUGAGUAAGUGUAAGUUUAAAAAAUUAUAAGUGUGACAAGCAGAGACACAUUGUCAACGUGACGAAAUAAGUGGUUUGCAUUUUGCUUAGUCCACAUCGGCCGCAUUAAUUAACCAGUUGCCACCAGAGUCUUUAGAUGCACUUACAUGAUAGAUUUUACAACCUCUGCCAACUGGCAAGUAAUGUGGGAAGGACAGCGAGGUGAAAGUUUCUCGGUUAUUUCAGGGUACAAAUCUGGAAUAAGCAUCAGUUAAAGAAAAGUAUGAAUCUGAUCGAAAAGUGAUUGUACUAUAGUUUAAUCAAGGAAGACUUCUUCAAGUGCUACAGAUUCCUGGACUAAUGCCCCACCUUAACUAGGAGUGUUGAGUGCAUUGGAGCAUGGAGAUACUGAAGAUUUAAUGUUGAAGAUUAUGAAAUGCACGAUGAAUGAAUGACCUGUCAUUGUGCCUGUGUUACUUGAAGUUCUGAAGAUGGGGGAAAUAAUUGGAUCUGCAAGUUUCUUGCAUUUGGGAGACAUUGUCUCCCUCUAUGCUGAAGGCAAUGUUUGUGGCUUCCUUAGUACCCUAGGUUUGGUUGAUGAUCGAAGUGUGGUGUGUCCAGAGGCUGGUGAUCUCAACAACCCACCAAAAAAAUUCCGAGACUGUCUCUUCAAAAUCUGUCCUAUGAAUCGUUACUCGGCACAGAAACAGUUCUGGAAAGCUGCAAAACAAAGUGCGAGCUCAACUACAGAUGCAGUGUUAUUAAAACGUCUCCAUCAUGCAGCAGAGAUAGAGAAAAAACAAAAUGACAGUGAAAACAAAAAGCUUCUGGGCUCAGUUGUGCAGUAUGGCAGUGUGGUGCAGUUGUUACACCUGAAGUCCAACAAAUACCUGACAGUGAACAAACGAUUACCGGCACUGUUGGAAAAGAAUGCCAUGAGGGUGUACCUGGAUGCAAAUGGAAAUGAAGGGUCUUGGUUUUAUAUUCUGCCUUUCUACAAGCUGCGUGCCACAGGGGAUAAUGUGGUUGUUGGAGACAAGGUUAUCAUGAAUCCAGUGAAUGCAGGCCAACAAGUACUCCAUGUGGCAGCCAAUUAUGAGCUCUCUGAUAACAUUGGUUGUAAAGAAGUAAAUGUGGUUAACUCCAGUACAUCAUGGAAGGUGACCCUGUUCAUGGAGCACCGUGAGAAUCAAGAAGAAAUCCUGAAAGGGGGAGAUGUAGUACGUCUGUUCCAUGCAGAACAGGAGAAGUUCCUUACCAUGGAUGAACAUAAGAAGAAACAACAUGUGUUUUUAAGAACUACUGGUAGAACAUCAGCCACCUCAGCCACCAGUAGUAAAGCCUUAUGGGAAGUGGAGGUUGUUCAACAUGAUCCAUGCAGGGGAGGUGCUGGUCACUGGAAUUCCCUGUUUCGCUUCAAACAUCUGGCAACAGGGCAGUAUCUUGCUGCAGAGAUUGAUGAUGAUGAAACAUUGGAUCAAAUGCGAUCAAAACUUAGAGAUCCUCAUGGUGGACCUGUGUAUCACUUAGUUUCUGUUCCUCACUCAAAUGAGAUAGCAUCUCUGUUUGAAUUGGAUGCUACAACACAUACUAGAGGAGAUUCUCUUGUGCCACAGAGUUCAUAUGUUCGAUUGCACCAUCUUUGCACAAACACUUGGGUGCACAGUACUUCUAUACCAAUAGAUAAGGAUGAGGAGAAGCCAGUUAUGUCAAAGGUUGGUUGUGCCACAAUCAAGGAAGACAAAGAAGCUUUUGCAUUGAUAUCUGUCUCGCCAAUGGAAGUGCGAGACCUAGACUUUGCAAAUGAUGCCUGUAAAGUUCUUGCAUCUAUAUCAUCAAAACUAGAGAAAGGGACAAUUUCGCACAACGAGAGGCGAGCUGUGACAAGCUUGCUGCAGGAUAUUGUGUACUUUAUUGCUGGCCAAGAAAAUGAACAAAACAAGUCUGAAGCUUUAGAUCUGGUGGUGUCAAAUCCAAACCGCGAUCGUCAGAAACUUCUCAGGGAACAGUACAUACUGAAACAGUUAUUCAAAAUACUUCAAGCUCCAUUUCUUGAAUCUGUUGAAGGAGAAGGCCCAUUCCUUAGGAUUGAAGAACUCAAUGACCCUCGUCAUGCUGCAUACAAGUAUAUGUUCCGGCUGUGUUAUCGGAUAUUACGUUUAAGUCAGCAAGACUACCGUAAGAAUCAGGAGUACAUUGCCAAGCAUUUUGGAUUCAUGCAGAAACAGAUUGGGUAUGAUAUCUUGGCAGAGGACACAAUCACAGCAUUGCUUCACAACAACCGCAAGUUACUGGAGAAACACAUCACUGCAGCAGAAAUUGAAACAUUCGUUGGACUGGUUCGCAAAAAUAUGGAUAACUGGCAGUCACGAUUUCUGGACUACCUAAGCGACCUCUGUAUAUCAAACAAGAAAGCUAUAGCUGUUACACAAGAGCUCAUCUGUAAAAGUGUACUGAGUUCCAAAAAUUCUGACAUUCUUAUUGAAACCCGGAUGAUGAGGACUCAAGUAGAAGAAGUUGUUGAUGAACUAGAUGAAACAGUAGGAGAAGUUGAUUCCAUGGUCUCCAUUAUUGAAGAAGAUGAAGUUUUGCUGCUCUGGAAUAAUAGAGAGGAGAGCAUGUCUCUUGGAGAAUUAUCCAGAGGAGCAAAACAUGGAAAUCGGAAAGAUCAAGCAAUAUUGGAUUACUAUCGACACCAGCUAAACCUUUUUUCCAAUAUGUGUCUAAAUAGGCAGUACCUGGCUCUCAACAAUCUCUCUCCUCAUUUGGAUAUUGAUCUCAUUCUCAAAUGCAUGGCUGAUGAAAGUGUACCGUAUGAAUUACGAGCAUCAUUCUGCAGACUUAUGCUACACUUGCAUGUAGACCGAGAUCCACAGGAACCUGUCACUCCAGUCAAGUAUGCAAGACUUUGGUCAGAAAUUCCAUCAAAAAUGUCCAUCCAAGAUUAUGACAGCAACAAAACACCAGACCAUAAUAAAGAAGCUGUUAGAGCAAAGUUUAGCUCAACAAUAAUGUUUGUGGAGGACUACCUCUGCAAUGUUGUUGCUGAAAUGUGGAGUUUUGCUGACCAAGAUCAGAACAAACUUACUUUUGAGGUUGUGAAACUGGCAAGAGAUUUGAUCUACUUUGGUUUCUACAGUUUUAGCGACUUGCUGCGACUAACUAAAACACUACUGAGCAUUCUUGAUUGUGUAUCAGACAGUGACUUCAUCAAUGGAAAACUUCCUACUGGUGAUAUUGAUUCUGAAGGUGGGGUCCUGCGAUCCAUUGGAGAUAUGGGUGGAUUUGUGACAAACCUCACACUAGGUGCAGCAGGGCUUGCCCGAACAGUCAUCUCACCAUCAGUCCAGAAGAAACCUUCCCAACUCAAAAAAGAGUAUCCUUUAGUGAUGGAUACGAAACUGAAAAUCAUUGAGAUACUUCAGUUUAUCUUGGAUGUGAGACUCGACUACCGUAUUAGCUGUUUACUUUCCAUAUUCAAGAGGGAAUUUGAUGAGACUGAGAGAAGUUCUGGUGAUACUGUGUCCAUUGGUCAGAAGGAUAUUGACUUGGAGAGUAUUGGAACUCAAGCAGAAGGCAUUUUUGGAAGCAGUGAAGAGUGUGCUGCCCUGGAUCUGGAUGGGCAAGGUGGACGGACAUUCUUACGAGUUCUGCUUCACCUUACCAUGCAUGAUUAUCCUCCAUUGGUAUCUGGGGCACUGCAUCUGCUGUUCCAGCACUUCAGUCAGCGUCAAGAAGUCCUUCAGGCUUUCAAACAGGUCCAGCUGCUAGUGUCAGACAGUGAUGUUGAAUCAUAUAAACAAAUAAAAUCUGAUUUGGAUGUAUUAAGACAGUCGGUGGAAAAGUCUGAACUGUGGGUAUAUAAGUCAAAAAGUGCAGAAGAACAUGGAAAAAAGAAGAACAAAGAUGAGGAAGAGGAAAUAGUGACAGAGAGGAAAAACUCACCAAAGAAGACUCCACCAAGUUUAUCAUCUUCUGAAAAACAGGGCUCAGCUAUUGAUUUGGAUAUUGGCCCUCCACUUCAUGGGGACCAGGCAGAAGAGUACAAAAAGAUUCAGCAGAUCCUCAUCCGAAUGAACAAGCUGUGUACCCAAACAGUGGGUGGAAUAGUGAAGCCUCGGAAGCAUGAACAAAGGCUGCUCCGAAAUGUGGGAGUGCAUACCGUGGUGUUAGAUCUCCUGCAGAUACCAUACGAUAAGAAAGAAGAUGUCAGGAUGAAUUCUCUCAUGCGGCUGGCACAUGAAUUUCUUCAGAAUUUCUGCCUCGGAAACCAGCAGAAUCAGGUUCUUCUCCACAAGCAGUUAGAUCUUUUCCUCAAUCCUGGUAUUCGUGAGGCUCAAACUGUUCGUGCAAUUUUCCAAGAUAACUCUACUUUAUGCAAUGAAGUGAAUGAAAAAGUAAUCCAACAUUUUGUUCAUUGUAUUGAGACUCAUGGGAAACAUGUUCAGUAUCUGAAAUUCCUGCAAACAAUUGUAAGAGCAGAAAACUCAUUCAUCAGAAAAUGUCAAGACAUGGUGAUGCAAGAGCUUGUGAAUGCAGGUGAGGAUGUGUUAGUCUUCUACAAUGAUAAGGCAUCGUUCAAUCAUUUUGUUGAAAUGAUGAGAUGUGAGCGACACCGUAUGGAUGAGAGCAGUGCCUUGAGAUAUCAUGUUGAGCUUGUCAAGCUUCUAGCGUGCUGCACCAUGGGGAAGAAUGUGUACACCGAAAUCAAAUGUCACAGUCUGUUACCAUUAGAUGACAUUGUAGCAGUGGUAUCACAUCAAGACUGCAUUCCUGAGGUAAAGGAAGCUUACAUAAACUUCCUAAAUCAUUGCUAUAUAGACACAGAAGUGGAGAUGAAGGAAAUUUAUACCUCAAAUCACAUGUGGAGCCUCUUUGAAAAAAGUUUCUUAGUGGACAUGGGAAAUGUGGCGAAUGCCACUCAUGACAGAAAACAUGCAGAUACAGCCCUGGAAAAUUACAUCAUCAACAGUGUUAUGAACAUCAUCAGUACUUUCUUCAAUAGUCCAUUCUCGGAUCAGAGCACCACAGUUCAGAAACAUCUCAUUGAGGCCAGACUCUACUGGAGUGAAAAUACAAGUGCCUUCAACGAGGAUAAUCCCACAACGAGGCAGCCCAUUUUUGUGCAGCUUCUUCAGGCUGCAUUUCGAAUGUCACAGUGCACAUGGCUUGGAGCAUCACAGCGCUUUAAUGUGGAGAACUGUGUUCGUACUCUCUCUGAAGUUGCAAAGACCAGAGGUAUUGCCAUUCCAUCAGAUUUGGAGACACAGGUUACAUCUCUCUUCAAUAAAGCAGCGAUGCUUUCACGCCAAACCAGCAAAUGGCUUCAGGCUGCAAAGACUCCUAAAAUGGAACGCUCUCAGUCUCAGCUUAUGAGAAUGGAUCGCAGCAUUAUUGAAGGACUACAGGAUAUUGUAUCACUUCUGGAAGACCAAUUAAAGCCUCUCGUACAGUCAGAACUGUCUCUUCUUGUGGAUAUCCUCUAUAGACCAGAGCAUCUUUUUCCACUAGGAACAGAAGCAAGGAAACGAUGUGAAAGUGGUGGCUUCAUCAGGAGAUUGAUUAAGCACACAGAGAAGCUGUUGGAGGAGAAGGAAGAGAAGCUAUGUGUCAAAGUCCUGAAGACCCUGAGGGAGAUGAUGGCCAUCGACUCUGAGUAUGGAGAGAAGUGCGAUGAAGCUAUUGUCGACAAUGAGAAGGAAGCAGAAGAGCUGAUGAGGGGUGAUGUCCUUCGGAACAACCUUCUGAUGCGGUACUUUGGAAAGUCCUUUGUACACAAAAGAGAGACAGUGGAACUGGGGAUCCUAAGCCCACAUCCCCCCGUAACACAUGGACCUGGAGCAAAGUUGUUAAGCAGAGCAGGUAGAACACUUCACGAAGUGCAGAGUCAUCUGGAUCGUGAAGGUGCAUCAGAUUUGGUUGUAGAGCUUGUCAUCAAGUCUGUCCAUUCUCCUUCAAUCUUCGUGGAGGCAGUUGAAUUGGGCAGUGCACUACUGGAGGGAGGAAAUCCCAUCAUUCAGAAGAGCAUGUACAGCAAACUGAUGGGAGGUGAUCUGAGCCAAGCAUUCUUCAAGGUAUUCUAUGACAAAAUGAAGGACUCACAGCAGGAAAUCAAGUCAACAGUGACUGUGAACACAUCUGAUAUUGCUGCAAAGGCUCAUGAAGACAAAGAACAGGGCAGGGACCUGGAGAAACUUGCCAAGAAAAGGGGAGUUAAACCCAAUGGAAUCAUCAUCACAGAGGAACUACGUGAAGAGUUGAACCAAGCUGCUAUGGCUACUACUCAAGCUUAUGUUGGAGCGAGGAAUGCUUCUGCAGGGGAUGAAGCCGGCCCUCCUGUGUUGGGCCCUUCAGCCCUAGAGGACAUGCUUGCAGAGAAGCUAGAACGCCACCGUGAUAAAGAAGAACAGAAUAAGCUCUCAGUCAAGGUUCUCGUAAUGCAACCAAUUCUUCGAUUUCUACAAUUACUUUGUGAGAAUCACAAUAGAUAUUUACAGAAUUUACUUCGUAACCAGAACAACAAAACCAAUCACAAUCUAGUAUCAGAAACACUGAUGUUUCUGGACUGCAUCUGUGGCUCAACUACAGGAGGCUUGGGUCUUCUUGGAUUGUACAUUAAUGAGAACAAUGUAGCUUUGAUCAACCAGACUCUGGAAACUUUAACCGAAUAUUGUCAAGGCCCUUGUCAUGAUAACCAGAACUGCAUAGCAACACAUGAAUCCAAUGGACUGGACAUAAUCACUGCCCUCAUUUUGAAUGAUAUCAACCCUCUUGGCAAAACCCGGAUGGACCUAGUAUUGGAGCUGAAGAACAAUGCAUCAAAGUUGUUGCUAGCAAUUAUGGAAAGCCGAGGAGACAGCGAGAAUGCCGAAAGGAUUCUGUACAACAUGAAUCCUAAACAACUGGUAGAUGUUGCGUGUCGGGCUUUUCAUCAAGAGACUCUGGAUGAUGAUGAUGAUGAUGGAGACGAUGCCUCUGCAGAAGGAGAAGAUGGUGUAUCACCCAAAGAGGUGGGACACAACAUCUACAUCUUGUGUCAUCAGCUGGCUCAACAUAACAAAGAGUUGGCAGCUCUUCUUAAACCUUCUGAUAAUAACAGUGACCCAAAAAUGAACCAGGCAUUGAAAUACUAUGCUUCUCACACAUCACAGAUUGAAAUUGUUCGGCAGGACAGAACCCUAGAGCAGAUUGUUUUUCCCAUUCCUGAAAUUUGUGAAUACAUUACAUCAGAUACAAAAUCAAAAAUACUGAAUACAGCAGAGAGAGAUGACCAGGGUUCGAAAGUAUCAGACUUCUUUGAAAGGACAGAAGACAUGUUCAGUGAAAUGAAAUGGCAAAAGAAACUGAGAGGCCAGCCUUUUCUUUUUUGGGUCAGUUCCUACAUGUCGCUGUGGAGCAACAUACUCUUCAACUGUGCUGUCCUUAUCAAUCUAAUAGUGGCAUUCUUCUAUCCCUUUAUGGAUGCUGUUCCAAAAUUGGGACAGCACUUUUCAGGUUUGAUUUGGGCAGUGAUGUUGGUAUCAGUGGCCAUUGUCAUCACACUUCCCCGUGAAUCUGGUGUUCGAACACUUGUAGCAUCCACAAUUCUAAGGAUGAUCUUUUCUGUUGGUCCUGAACCAACACUCUUACUCCUGGGGACCAUCACUGUGUUUCUAAAAGGAAUACAUUUAAUCAGUAUUAUGGGCAACCAAGGAACAUUUACAAAGAAUUUUAAGCAGAUGGUGACAGAUGCGGAACUGUUGUACCACUUUGCAUAUGUAGUAUUCUGCCUUUUAGGUCUCUGUAUGCACCCUUUCUUCUAUUCUGUAUUGUUGUUCGAUGUCGUGUAUCGUGAAGAAACACUUUUAAAUGUGAUCAGGUCUGUGACUCGGAAUGGUCGUUCCAUCAUCUUGACUGCUGUUCUGGCUCUCAUUCUUGUGUACAUGUUCAGCAUUAUUGGGUAUAUGUUCUUCAAGGACGAUUUCCUCGUCAGUGUUGAUCAAGACUCUGUGUCAGUAAAUAAUGACACAGAAAUACCCAAACCUGCUCAGACAUGUCCAGCAGAUGGGAACUGUGAACACAAUGUCAGUUCUGAGAAUUUUUACAAAGAAGAAGUGAACUCUCAAGUCACAGUGUCAGGAGGAGAAGUCAAAGAGAGAGCGUGUGAUUCACUUGUCAUGUGCAUCGUCACAACACUGAACCAAGGACUGAGGAAUGGUGGAGGAAUUGGUGAUAUUCUCCGUGCGCCAAGUAGCACU